UUAAUUUUUCCUGCUACUGUCAUUUAUGGUUUGUGUGUAGCUUUGUUUUGGACUUGUUCAGGACCAUGAUGUGGUAGCAGAAGCAGUAAACUCAUAUUCUGGAGGUUACUAUAUUUGUUUUGUUUCUGUUCUUUGGUAUUUGUUUAGUUGUAGUUGGAAGAUUUGUGGCUUCUUAGCUGGCAUUUGUAAAGAAUGUUUUUGGAGAGGGUUAUGUUUUCCUGUGAAUAGAACAGAGGCCCUUCAGCUGAAGCUGUGAAGAAGGCUUUGUACCUUUCAUUUGCUGCUUGGUCUUCAGAAUAUACCUAUAAAGGGUCACUGUACAAAACUUAGCUGAAAUUAAAAGGUAGGCUGUUUUUUUAGUUAAAAAGUAGGCUGAUUUUCUAAAGGUAGGCACAGUCAUGACAGUUUUCAUGAAAUAUCUGUAAAAUUUUAACUUCUGAUUCUGACUGACCUUAUAACAUAGCCUUCUGGUAAUGUGUCAUAUGUUUGUAAAUGUUAAUCUUUUUUUCCGAGAGUGUAUUUCAAUGUGAGGCAAAUACAUUUCACUGACAUGAAGAAACAGAUUUCUGAGGAGAUCUUUAUCAAAAAAAUGUAUCGGUUUGAUCCCCAAAUUUUACCAUCUAUUCUUAAUUCCAAGUGAGAGAUGCUCAUCAGUGAGUAUCAAGUUCGGAGUCUUUGAUCUAAUCAUACCUCCUGACUGAAACUAAAAAGUGAUUUUUCCCAUGGUAUUUCUACCGGUGCCUGACAGAUUACUGUUUGAGCAGGGAUAUUACCAACUAAUCAUCUAGGGACCAAGAACACUGUUCUGCCUGGGGAGUUCUGAUUUUUGUGUGGAGCCAGGAGGUGAACACGGUGAUCUUUGUGUCUCUUCCAACUCGGGUUUUCCUGUGAUUCUAUGAGUUAGUCUUGGGUUUGUUCUAACCAAGACAUCCAGACAUCUCAGUCAGUCACCAAAAUAGAUAAUCCUAAAUUAAUCCCGAAUUAUGGGAACUACAAACAUUCUUUGUAUGCCCCAUACAGAAUACUUCUCAAAAAAUUAACAUGCCUUUUUCAUACAUAUUAAAUUUUGAAGAAGUUCAGUCAAUCAUCAGCUUAGUCCAGGCAUUUUUGGUGUCCAUUCAAUGAAGACCAGCUUGCUUAGUUUUGAAACAAUCAUACUAAUACCAACCCAUGGUUAUCUAAUAGCUUUUCUGAGCUGGGAGUGUUUUGAUUGUUCACUGUCUUGAGCAGCAUCUGUUUUUUCUUGCCUAAAAAGUUCAUUCCUGAUAGCAAUGUCUGCAGGGCAAAAAGGAAGAAAAAUGGUGGUGAUGACAUAGUGCCACCUACCACAAUAAAUUUAGCCUUGGAGUCUGCUCUAAAAGCUGACCAGCAGUAAUGCACGCAGUUUAUUUGCUUAGUUUGCUGUUGGUGAUUGGAAUAAAGGAAACUAAACUUGUAAAAACUUCCAUGCUUAAAACAAUCUCUGUAAUUCAUCCAGUGAGACCUUAGGCAACAAAAUGUUUUUGAAUGAAAAGUUCAGAACUAAACUUGCAUUCACCGAUCUUGCCCAUUCAACCUGAAUAUUCUUUGAAAGACACGGAAUAUUCACAAGUUUGCUUGGUGUUUCAGGUUCAUAAUCACUAGUCAAAGCUCUGAGCAUCUCGUGUGUUUUAGUAGAGUGUUCUGCUGGGACAUCCACUGCUCUUUUGUGAUCUGCCUACCUUCCUUGUCUGAUGCUGUGAAGUGCUCUAAUGCCAGGCUUCUCUGCUGGCACUUCACUUGGUGUUCAUGGCCUCUGUAGUCUCAGGUGAGACAUGCCACGGGCACAGGUCAUAGCCUCAGCUGGUUCUGCCCUACAGACAGCUCACUUCAGCGUUUGGACUUCAGAUUACAGCAGGUAGAUACUAUCCAUGUAUAAUGGGAGGGGGGAAAAAUCCCAACUGUUACAGGGUCAGCUGGGUUUUGUUUUAUUCUCCAUGUGCAGUGAAAUCCCACUGGGGAAAAAAAAAUUGAAGAACUGCUUUUGUUCUAUGUAUCAGUGUGUAGUUACCUUUAAAACUGGAAAACAAGAGCAGUCACAUUUCUGUACUCCUAUAAUCCAUGCUUUGACAUGCCGCAGGAAAUUUUGUUCUAGUGGUGCUUCUUUGCCUGCAUUUUCUGUAUAUGUUGAAAUGGGGAGUUGCCCAGAAAAAGGACUCUUAUUUUUUUGUGUGACGUUUUCAGUGGUACGGAUUUAAGACUUUUUUUUUUUUUAGAAUUGCAGGAUUAAAAUCAAAUUGGUAUUAAGAGUUAUGUAAAAUGUAUUAGCCUGUAAUUUCCUGGGAUUUAUGUUCUACUCAUUUGUUAUAGCUAGGUCUCUUCAUGCAAAUAAAGAGGACUGACUGUGGUUGAACUGACCUCGCAGUGAAAUUCUGGAUGAAAUAAGCAUUUGUCAGAGAUCAGAUUUUGAGAGAAUCUUUAAGAACCGUGUGGAAAAAUUUUGUUUCAGCUGUUAAGUAGUUUGCAUUUAUUGUAGGGCUGUCCGUGGUCUGAGGCAGAUGUCUAGAGAGGUUCUGAAAUAAAAAGAAUUUCAUAGGAAUUAUAUUUCAAAAUGUUCUGUACUACAUUUUCUGGAGCCCCCUCUGAAGAUGUCACAGAUGCUGAUAUCAUUGGAUGCCUGAGGCCACUGUACUGCCAAGUACUUCCUAAUGAUGAGCUCUAUAUGCCUCUCUCAUCUUCACUUAUUGAGCUGUCUACACCUGACGGGGAAAGUGCAUGUGUUUUGAUGGGAAAAAUUUUGCUGGAUAUAAAUAUGGCAGUUCUAGAAGAAGACAAUUCUUUCCAAGGUUCUUUUAUCCCUCGUGGGAAUCUAAGGUCUAAGCCUGAUGGUCCUAAUCUACCAAUGGCAACUGUUGAUAUCAAAAACCCAGAAAUUACAACUAACAGAUUUUACACUCCACAAGUCAACAAUAUUUCAUAUACCAAAGAAAAGAAGAAAGGAAAAACUAAAAAGAGAAGAUUGACAAAGGCAGAUAUUGGAACACCGUCUAACUUCCAACACAUUGGACACGUUGGCUGGGAUCCAAACACAGGUUUUGAUGUGAACAACUUGGACCCAGAACUGAAAAACUUGUUUGAUCUGUGUGGAAUUUCAGAGGCUCAACUGAAAGACAAAGAAACUUCCAAGGCCAUAUAUGAUUUCAUUGAAAAAACAGGAGGUGUGGAAGCAGUUAAAAAUGAACUGCGCAGACAAGCUCCACCACCACCACCACCGUGCAGAGGAGGACCCCCUCCGCCUCCACCACCACCUCCCCACAGCUCGGGCCCUCCUCCUCCCCCUGCUAGGGGCCGAGGGGCACCACCUCCACCUCCCUCAAGAGCCCCGACGGCGGCACCUCCACCCCCACCUCCAUCUAGACCGGGUUCCGCGGUGCCCCCGCCUCCUCCCAACAGGAUGUAUCCUCCUCCACCACCAGUGCAUUCAUCCUCUGCGCCAUCCGGUCCUCCUCCGCCACCGCCACCCCCAGCCAGUGGGUCAUCUGCUCCCCCACCGCCACCUCCUCCUCCGCCGCCUCCUGGUCCUCCGCCACCACCGGGCCUUCCUUCAGAGGUCGAUCACCAGCUUCCAGUUCCUGCAGGAAACAAAGCGGCACUCCUAGAUCAAAUCAGAGAAGGAGCCCAGUUAAAGAAAGUAGAACAGAACAGUCGACCGGUGUCUUGCUCAGGAAGAGAUGCAUUGCUAGACCAGAUACGACAGGGGAUACAGCUCAAAUCUGUAUCUGAUGGCCAGGAGAGCGCACCACCUACACCUGCACCCACCUCAGGAAUUGUGGGUGCACUAAUGGAAGUUAUGCAGAAAAGGAGCAAAGCCAUUCAUUCUUCAGACGAAGAUGAGGAUGAGGAUGAUGAAGAAGACUUUGAAGAUGAUGACGAAUGGGAUGAUUGAUCAUAUAUUAUAUUAUAUAUAUAUUUUUUAAGGUGAAUGAUAUACUAAACACUACUUUCUGUCUAUGGAUUCUGUAAAAUUAUUAUGUAAAUGUUCUACCAAUUUGCUGUAUAUUUUUGUUGCCUUUUGCUUUUUUAUUAAUCUGUGCAAUACCUCAUUUAAUCUGUAAAGGUUUGUCAUAAUCCUCUACAAAGCUACUCCCUGUUAAUGUGUGCAAGUUUACACCUGAAUGAUCAUGUACAUGUGAAUACUUUCCAUUCCAUCAGUAAGGGAGUUUAAAUGUAACAUGUGAGACUGACAAAAACCUUAAUGUAAUUUAGUUAUAAUGCAAGAAGGAAAACACUAUUUUCAUACCCUACUUUUUCUGUAUCUAAAGUUUCUUAUUAAAACCUAGUAUAGCACUAUGUUCUUUAAGUGAUGCAGCUCUUAGUUUAUUUAGCCCCUUCAUUUCAAAUGCAAUGCUACUUGAAUGUUGAGGCUGUUUUAAUACUAUUGCAUGGUUUCAAAUACAUCACAACAUUGCAGUUCGAAUCUUAGCAGUAUACUUUACGUAAAACAGAAUCACUACAGAAGUGCACAGCUAGUUGUGAAGAUUGCCUUGCCCUAACUGUAGCAAUACUGGCUGCUAUUGAAUAGCAGUAGUAAUUGAAUACUUUAAUUAGGGAACUCUCUAUCUGAAGUUAAACAGGAUGGCUUUACAUUGUGAUAAAGGCAUCUUAGAUGCAGACCAGUUCAGUCCUUUUUUGUCCUAGUUCUUGACUUUCAGAAUGAAGAAAUGUAAAUUACUGGGGGCUAUACUGAAGGCUCGCAAUUGCUACAGUUUGAUUUAUUUUUAAAAUCAUUUUUAUGUGGUUUUCAAGCUGAAGGGCUGCGUUUAAUGCUUGCUUCAAUAAUGUUUAAUUACUUUUAAAAAUUUGUAGGGCAUUGGUGUACUAAUAAAGUAAACAUAAGCGGGAUUACUUUGCAGUCUUUGUGUUAUGGUACAUGACAAAUACUGAAACACCAGUCCUACACCCAAAAAGUUGGAAAGCCAUUAACUCACAAUAUACGGUUUGACGACGUACUGAACUUCAUGGCAAUGUUCUGUUUUCAUACGUUGGCUUUAAGGCCUAGGGCUGUGAUGAAGAUCAAGACCCCUAUUCACAGGAGUAGUAUCUGAGUAAGUGGACAGAAAAUGGGAUUCUCAUUUCACAGCUUGAACAUUUAUACGUUGUACUUUGUAGUGCAGUAAACAUCGGCAUAUCUGCCUAUUAUAAAAGACUAAUCUUUGCUAAGUGGGUAUUUAAUAUCUGCAGCAUUAAUUACUUACUGUAAUUUUCAGGUUGAAUUUUUUUAAAAAAAAUACAUCUGACAUAGAAUGUUUAGUUAAGUCAGUCAUAUUUGGAACAUAGUUAAUGCAUAGUGUCUUGGGUCCUUGACUGUAGUCAAGGUAUCGAACUCAAUUUAAGUUAUCAGAAUUGUGUUGACUGAAACCCAGUGAUGAUCUGAUGUUGGCAGGCUGGACCUGCAUGAUAUGGCUUGGAUUUCUAACCCAGUUAUAACCUAGUCUCUAGUGAAUUAAUUUAGUCAUAUGAGAAGAAAGGAAAGUUGCUUAAAAGUAGUGGGAAAAGUAAGGUAGUUAAAUUAUUCAGAGGAUGCUAACUUACUUCUGAGAGUAAUUUAAGCACAUAACAUGAGGAAAACAAAAAUUUCAAGUGGUCUAAUUUUCUUGCAGUAACUUUCUCAUUGCCCUCUGCUGCUGGAAACACUUCCUACUAGCUUUGCUGCAUUAGUGGCUUGAAUGCUGGAUCAGGUGCGAGUGCAGCCACAGGUGGCUCAUGGCAGCGGAGUUAAGAACCUGCGUAGGAGGAAAAUACUUGUAUGUCUGUCACGUAACUUCUGGCACCGCUCCUUCAUUGUUUUAACUGCGUAUAGGGCAUUUUAAAUUAAGCGGAUGAGGCCUAGAGGUUUUCCUAACACGCUGCUUACUAGAUAUGUUUAGCUGUUAUGUUCCCAGAGCUGGAAUUUCUGUAAUAUAGUUAGUAAUAAAGCAUCACAGUUUAUUAAUCAAUUUUCUCUUCCAGGUUUUGGGAGCUCUGAAGUUACGUUAUUGAGUAAAACUUUAAUUUGUAGAUACUGGCCAAAGAAAGCUCUUGGUUUUUCAUUUCCUUUUCUUCAUGCGAAAAGUACACUCACAUUCUGUGGUGUCCAGGUUAAUAUUUACUUUAAAAUAGUGUACGUACAUGAUAAAUUUCAGGCAUAAAGACUGCAGUGGCGGUUAAGUUAGUCAUAACUGCAUGCUUCAGCACUCUGCUACUCGCACUGUGAGCAGAAGAGAACAUUUCAUGAUGCUGGUGCAUUGUUGCUAAACAUUGUAAUGAAGGCCUCUCUUAUAUAUUCUGGUUAAAUGACUGUCCAGAUAGCCUUAGCAAUUAACAAACUAGCAUGAGGCUUUGUAUUUCAACACUCUAUGUGCAUAGACAAUUUCAACUAGCCACUUGUAUGUAUGGAAUCCGUAAGAACUUCUCAAUCAUUCAGUUCUCCAUUUAUCAAACUGAAAUUUUUAGUAUGUGAAUUUUUGAAAUGUACAGUGAAUAGGAUGUUGCACUGGUGGCAAUUCAUCAUGGAGCAUAAUAAAAUUAAUUUGACCCAA